AUGGCUAAUUUCGUUUAUAAAGUAUACAUACUUAUACUUGCUUUUGGAAUAAUUGGAGCGGUAGCAAAGUCCUAUCCCAAUGAAAACAACCGCUUUAACAUAAGAAAUUUGCAAAAACUAUCCUACACUCCGGUAGUCGCAACAUAUGUUACAACCUCAACACCACUUGCGAAUCCAAAUACGACAAAUCCGAAAACUGAUCCGCCAACAAUUCCGAAGACUGAUCCGCCAACAAAUUCAAAGACUGAUCCGCCAACAAAUCCAAAUACUGAUCCACUGACAAAUCCGAAGACUGAUCCGCCGACAGUAUCACCUCCUGCGAAUACCACACCACGCCCUGGAGAUGCAUCACAACCUGUAAACACCUAUACUCCACUACACUCUGGAGAUACCUAUAUUCCACCAUCUCAACCUGUAAAUUCUAAUGUUCCACCACCAUCACCUACAACAGAAUCACCAACACCACCACCUGCAACAGAAUCACCAACACCACCACCUGCAACAGAAUCAACACAACCACCUGCAACAGAAUCACCAACACAACCACUUACAACAGAAUCGUCACCAACACUAUCGACAGAAUUUUCAACAGUACUAUCGACAGACUUACCGACAGAAUUACCGACAGACUUACCGACAGAAUUACCGACAGUUCCAUCGUCGUUAACACAAUUUGCUAAUUCACCGCCAACAUCGAGGUAA